GCAGCAGCAGCAGCAGCGGCGGCGGCAGAUAUAGGCGCAGGCAGCAGCACACGACUGAGGAGAACGUACGUGUCGUGUUUUUUUCGCACGGACCUCGCAUCGUGUCGACCUGCGUGCGUGUGCUGCGUCGCGAGUGCCGUGUGCCGUGCUAAUGUGAUAGUGCGUCGUCGUGCGCGUGUUCAUGUAAUUACCUAUAUACAUCCAACGACUCCGGACUCCGAAAACUACCGAGUCGGACGGAGAGCUUCUCGUCUAUUAGAGGGAGGAAAAAAAAACAAGUGGAACGAGAGUAACCAAGCACACGUAUAAGCAUACUUAUAUACAUGCAACACACGUCUACGUCGCUGAACUACACGUUAUAUAUAUAAAUCUGCGAGCGCAUAUAAAUACGUAUACAUAUAUCGAAGCAUUUGCGAACGCAUACGUCGCUCUCUCUCUCUCUCUCUCUCAUCCGAGGCAGUAUAUAGUAACGCAAAAGUUAUAAGAAGACGAUCUACGGCGAAAAACGACAAGCCAGGCGAGCAACUAUCGGCACCAGCAGCAGCAUCAGGGGCAGUGCAACAGCGGUAGAAGAGAAAGAUUAUAUCUGGUCGCCAAUUGCAACUUGUGUGUCGGUGUACUCCUCUUCCGUGAUCGUCUCCCGAACUGCGGCCUGAUUUUCUUCUUCGUCUUCUCCCGUUGUCGUCGUCGUCUCUCUCUUUCGCUCGAUCGCUUCGUUUUCUGCAUCGACUUUGAAUUAAACGCCAACUUAAGAGCCAACGACUCUCCGCGUGCAUCGGCAGCAACAGCAGAAGCAAAAAAAAAGAGAAGAGGAAAAAAACACAUUUGAAGAUUCCAAACUGACGCCAAUAAAAGCAAAACGGCCUCUAACGCAAGCCCAAGUACAAGAUUGAAUAAAACCAAAACUCAGGAGGAUUAACGGAGAAAAGCAGCGAAUGAAUGUCGAGUAACGGAGAAACUGCUGCAAUUUCAAAAACGACCGAAUCGAUUAAGCAGGUCCUCGAUAAAUAUACUACCAAAUUGGCUGAUUUGGAGCCCGGCACCUUGACAAAAGCGACGAAGCAACCUCUAGGGGGGUGCCACCCACACAUCAGUCACUGGUCGCUGCGAGACCGCGAUAGUUACGAACGACUAUGAAUCUACAUACUCUGCUACUAGCCGCUGAUUAUAUUGAAAAGCUUGAAAAAAAUAACUUGAAGCAAAAUUCGUCUUCGGCCAACGUAAAUAACGAUCAACGUUCUAAUGAUCGUAAUAGUGCCACUGAGCCAAGAGGAAACAAGUUAAAACGAGAGCGGGCAGAUAAAGACCAAGAUGACCUGUUAUGCCAAGAGAAAUUAUUUAUCAUCGAAGGCGAGGAGCCGAUCGAUGGCCAGGCGCGUCAAAAUGGCGUAUACUACCAUCAACCCGUUCACAAUGUUCAUGCUCAACAACAGCAUCAGCUGACACAAAACGUAGGGGGCCGGAAUGCGAACAUCAACCAGCCCCGUAUCAUUGUGGGCUCACCUAUUUCCACGGUUGCGACCGUCCAUGGCCGAGAAAUACACUCGGACGUUAUACAGCUGCAACAGCAGCAGCCUCAGACGGUCCAGCAACAACACCAACAAAGCUCAUCCGCACAGUUCAAUCCACACCUUGAGAAUAACAAUUCCAAUCACAGUGUGAGUUCCGCCAGCGGACUGGCGCCGGCUCCGGGCACCGAGGUGGACCAGCAGGCCUCGACGUCACAAACGUCCACGGGUAGCGAACAUCGGAGAACGCGUAACGGUUCCGUCUCGUCAUCGAGAUCAGGUACUCGAGAAGUGCAUAAUAAAUUGGAGAAGAAUAGGAGAGCCCAUUUGAAAGAGUGUUUCGAAACGUUGAAGAAACAGCUUCCACCUUCAGAUGACAAAAAGGCAUCGAACCUAGCUAUACUUCACCAAUCGCUCAAACACAUACAGUCUCUAAAGAAAAAGGAACGUGAACACGAACACGAAAUGGAACGUUUGGCCAGAGACAAAAUAACCGGGCAGCAAAGGCUAGCAGUGUUGAAAAGAGAACUGAGCUUGAGACAUGAAAAUAUCGAUUUCAACGCCAUUCUGCCUACGGAGCCCGAUGAAGAAUUUCAAAGGGCUGCAGCAGCAGCAGCUGCCAACCCCCAAAAUCAAGAGGCCGAAGGUGGCAAUAGUAAUAGUGGAUUAGCUCGCGCAGGCACGCGUUACAGUAGCACCAGCAGCCUUAGCAGUGCAGCGACGGACAACUCGCAUUCGGCUCAGCAACAACAACAGCAGCAGCAACAACAGCCCAGCAACGAUAAUGCCAACGGCAGCAGCAGUCAAAUGGCUGCAACGGCCGUCGUAUUCAGCCAAACGCAGAACGUCAAUCUGGGCCAGGGCAUACGCGAGAGCCCACCGACCAUCAGCAGCCCAAACGCUACCACGGCCACUCAGCCAACUCCUGCUCAGGAAAAAGUAACAAUCGCCACGUCGGUCGUGCAAGCCCAAACCGUUGCAGCAUCGCAGAUCACGAGCGCAACUCCGACGCAGUUGCAUCUACCGAUAAGCGCGCAAAUGAUCAACGCCUCGUCCAGUUUGGCGUUUGUGCCGGCGCUGCAACAAAUUGGCUCGAGCUUCAAAGUCAUCCCAAGUGAUGGACGUCAGCUCAUAGCUGUGCAAUCCAAUGGACCAAACUCCGGAGUCUCCGGUACAACGGGAGAACCAAGAUCUGUGGCACUGGUCGUACAUUCGACUACGGCCAACAAUGAUAAUAGAGUAACUCUGGUUCACUCCACGAGUAACGAUGUAAGACCAGUUACUUUUGUGUCCGGCAGUAUGCUUACUGCCGCUCAUGCACCCAUCAGCGUUACGAAUGCCCAAACGAAAUUAAGACCGGCAGACGGGGCGCAAACGCAUAAAGUGGUGUGCGCAGAUUUAAGCCUCGUGCAGAAUGGUCUCUUCCGUUCAGUCAAAACCCAGCCUCUCACUGUUCAAGGAGGUAUAACGUUGAGUCACGCUGUUAGCAAAACAUCAAAUGCAUUGUCGCAAGCAAGUGCAACAGUAGCAACAGCACAAUCAAAUCUAUCCCAGAAUUCACAACCGAUUCCUGGAAUUACGCCUCUCGUAGCAGCACCCAUGACAGUUGUAUCUCAAGGCGGUGGUCCAGGUCAGCAGGUAAUUGCUCUUGCUUCAACUUCCUUGCCCGGAAAAGUAAUCAGUGCACCGCUACAUACGUUAAAACCUAUAAACCAGAAUCAAUUCAAUAACUACGGCUAUAAGCCAGUGGUGGUUUUAAAUCAACAGCAGCCACAAAAUAAUACCAAUGGUACGGUAACGAGCAAGUCCGGCCCUACUACAUCGACGAGUUCCCAACACAAACCUGUUUGACAGAGCGAAGUGAUUAGAACCAUUGCUAAAGGUUGACUUUGAAUAACGAAGUCUUUUAUCCAUAUAUGAUUCAAUUAUGAGUCUCACUACCUUUGUUAAUAUUUAUCGAAGAAUCUUGAUCUAAAUAACCGACGCAACUUGACUCGACAGCUGCAUGUUCCUUGGCUGCCAAUGUGAACAGUACACAGCUGUUGAAAACUAUGGGCUAGAACUAUUUGCCCAUUACACAGUAUUUCUAUAGCUUUGUAAAAGCAGUGGCAGUUGUCUUGCGAAUGCAGCCACAAAACAAUACGAAUGGUACGACUACGAGCAAGUUCGGCACUACUACAUCUUUGAGUGCCCAACAGAAAAAUUUUUGACAGAGCGAAGUGAUGAGACCUACUUCUAAAAGCUGACUUUUUAACGACCAAAAGUGUUUUAUCGAUUGUAUGAUUCAAUUGUAUGAGUCUCACUAUCUUUGUUAAUAUUCAUAAAAAAGACUUGAUCUUAAUAACCGACGUAACUUAGCUGGACAACUACAAGUUAACAUUUCGUAUUUUGCUGUAGAAGUGCAGUGAAAGAAUUCUUGUGGCUCAAAAAUAUAUACAUAUCUUUUUUAUUUAUGAUGAAUGAUGGACGGCUUACAUUAAUGUUACAGAUGCUUUUUUAAGUAGUUGCUUCGAGAGCAUUUGUAUUAAGUUCAUUAUUCUCGUUUUCUAAUAUCAAUAAAUCAGUACGUGACUCGCACUAAUAAACUUGAGCAGCCAAAACUUAACUUAGUCCUAUCUUUUUUUAGGACUUGCUGUAGUCUUAAAAAAGGUAGAACAAAGUUACGUUUUGGCUGCUCAAGUUUAUUAGUGCGGGUUUCGUCCUGACGCGGCAAUUUAUCAACCAAUAUAUUUAGAACUGGAUGUGAAAAAAUUGAACUAAAAUUCAGUAAUGUAACUCACGUAAAAUCUUAUUCUAAUCCACGUUGGUCGCUUUAAUGAAUGCCAGUUUUAAAUUAUAACCGAAGACCGAUACGAGCGUGAUAUAAAAUAAUGUAUGAUAAAUUGUCGUUGUGGGUGUAUACUGGUUAGAGAGUAAAUUUCAUUCGCAACAACAAUGAACACAGCAUUUUAGUAAUCCUUAAGAUUUUAUGUGGAUACAGCAUCCGCUGCCUUUAGUGGCCCACUUCUGUAGUAGUGUACUUUUGGCAAUCUAAAGUACGUAACAAUUGUGCAGCUUAUAUUUAGUGCAAUAGUAUUCAUUGCAUUAUUUCUUGUACCAUACAUUUUUCGAAAGUAGAGUUAUUGAAUGUGAUAUAAGGACCUAAAGCCAGAUAAAUUAAAGCUUUUAACAAAAUUUGCUAAUUUAAAUAAGUCUUAUUUUUAAUUGUAAAAAAACAUGAAUUUCGUUUUAGAAAGAAAAAAUGAACCAAGUAUAAAUAAAUUAGUUCUUGAUUAGGUGUAACAUGUGGUAACUUAUCUUUUUAUCUAGACGAUUUUAUUUUCUUAAUCGGCUAUAAGUGACACUUUCUAACCAGAAUACGUCUUGUCAUUAAAUCAAUUGAAAAACAUCGUUUAUACUAUUGUUCUUUGAGUAUAUCAAAGGCAAAAUUAAAAAUUAUUUCAACCACCAUAUUCAUGCUGAAUAUUAUCAAUGGUGUUCUGACCCGACUCAUUACAUUGAGGCUUUUACACUUUUUCCAUAUGUAAAAUAUAAAAAUGAAAAUACGCAUGGUUAUGAUAUUUAUAUUACAAAGCUUAUUAAAUGACAUUACCACAAAAUGGAAUUUAGAAAUUGUUUUUCUUAUAUCUACUAGAAUAAAUGUUCAUGUAUUUAGGUACAUUUUCAUGCAAAAAUAUCAACAUAAAUAUCACGAGAUUCUUUUAAAAACAUUCACAAAUAAAUCAAGAUGUCUAAUUGCGUUAAGCUCAUAAUUUGUAACAUAAGAAUUGUUUCUAAGGUAAGCGAUUUGCGUGUGAAUCACAUGUACGUCUUUAUCUCCUUUAAUAUUAAUUUUACGUCUUCGUAAUAUGUACAUUGUAGUCUUAACACUGGUAUUUGUUUUUAAAAGUGUACAUAAAGUUAUAAAAGAAUACAUUCACAAUAUUAUUAUAUAAGCUCGUCGAAAGAAUUAAUAUGGAGUUGCAAAUCCACCAUAAAUGCAAUUCUUUGCGAAUAAUUUGGUUUGCUUAAAAUAUGAGAUUUGUUUCAUAUUUUUUGAAAACCAGGACUUGUUGAGUUCUAAUUUAUUAAAUUAUCGCAUAAGACCAGUUGAAUUGAAGAAAGCUGUUAUUAUAAUUCUAAUCUAAAUCGGCUGAGAAUAAUGAAUGUUUUUGCAAAAAUCUAAUUCAAUCCAUCAAAUUUAUCUCAUUCAAUGUGUCGAGUCGUUGUUCGACUGAAAUCAUAGUGCGUAGAUCAUAUAUCAGAAUUAAUAAACUUAUAAAGAUGCUUAUUCAGCAUGAAAAGAGCAAAAAAGUGUCAGUCGGAAAAAAUGAUCCAUUCGAGGAGUAAGAAUUUGGGGACUGAUAGAUUAGAAUGAAUGAUUGUAUUUAUGAAAGAAUGCUUGUAUUUUAAGUCUAAAAAUCAUGAUUUUGGUUAAAAGAAGUAAGAAUGCAAGUCAAUACUUAAUAUAUAAUGCGCUUUAAAGUUCCAUAAAUUGAGUGUGUCAAUGUGUUUUUAGUAAUGUGUGAGUACAGAUAGUGCAUAAAUUAAGACCCACAAUAUUAACGCUUUUGAUAUUCGAAUGUUAAGGAGUAAUUGGCUUCCCAACUUUAGUAAAAAUAAUUUAUGGUCUUUAAGGCAGAGGCGAGUUCAAGUCUAUUGAAGAUGUACGGGAAGUACAUUCAAUUACAUUUGUCUGUUGUCUGUAAUAUGAAAAAAACGAAUGUAAAAGCACGAAGUUCUGCGUAAUUAAUAUUUUAAUAUCUACUCUAAAAAUAUCAACAUAUUGAGAUGCCUUAUAUGAUUCAAUUCUACAACUAGAGGCAGUUUUUAUGACAUUAGACUUGCAUUUUUAUUUGUUUCAGAAACUCCAAUAAGUUAACGUUUGAAAGUUAAGUUAGAAGGCAAUGCUCCGCAUAUUUUUGUGUAUCUACAGCGUUAGUGUUGUGGGCUUUUUGGUAAAGAUUUAUAUUAUUAUAUAAAUACUUUUGUAAAUAGGAAUGAGUAUAUGUUAUUGAUAUAAAUAUAUAUAUAAUACAAAUAUAAAUAAAUAUAUGUAUGACAUUGUAAUUUGGAGAGAUGAUAAUAAUCGCAAUGCGAAGAAUGAACAUGAGUGUACAUGAGAACAAUGUGAUAUAUGACCUAGUAGUAUGUAACCUCAAGAUUUGUCAUCUUAGCGCAUAAGUACAAGAUAUUAGAAGGGAAAACAAAAAAUAUGAAAGGUACAACAACUCUGUUUCCAGUGUAAAAGAACCCAACACACAUGAUUAAUUUAUGAUUGGUAAAUAAAAAUCUUACCACUUCAAAGAAAUGCGAUUACCUAUUUGUAAAUAGUAUACAAAAAAGAAGUAACUAAGAUCAUGAGUACAGAUUAUAUUAUAAAUAAAUAUUAUAUUAUAUAUAAAGAAAAUAAAAAAAUGUGAAUAAAUUUUAUGAUGGAGGAACAAAAUUAACUUCAACCAUCGAUUUUUAACACGUCAGCGUAGUGCGUAUUCCCUCAUUACGAUGAAAACUUUGUAAAACGCACUUAUUGAGUGAAUGUUUUAAUGGAAUAAAUGUUAUUGCGCGUCUAUAAA